AACAGGUUUUGAUUUUUGCCAAUCUUCAUCAAGUUUUUAAUUUUCUUUAUUUUCAGAAAAUAGAGAGUAAAAUGAAGAAAAUCAAACCCAGAUAACAUUUCGCCAUGCAGAAACUACAACUAACCCUGGCCAUAAUCAAACCACACGCUGUUAAAAAUCCCGUGGCUCUUUCUUUUAUUAGGAACGUAAUAAAAAAUAAGUUUAUAGUCAUAAAAACUAAACGGGUCUCCUUGGAUAAGGAAGCAGCUGGUAAAUUCUACAGCGAACAUGUUGGCAAGUUCUUCUAUAAUCGGCUGGUGACGUUCAUGACGAGUGGUAGCGUCGAUCUGCACAUAAUGGGCCACUAUAACGCCAUAGAGCUGUGGCGCCGCAUGCUGGGCCCCACCAGCGUGUACAAGGCGCAGUUCCAGGAGCCCUACUGUCUCCGGGGCAUGUUCGGCAUAUCCGACACCAGGAACGUUGCUCAUGGCUCCGAUUCUCCACCAUCAGCAGAGCGAGAGAUCAAGUUCUUCUUCCCGGAGUUCUCUUUCUACCAAUGGCACAAUGGUCACGAGGUGCUGUACAGGAAAGGGCCCAUCAUCUUCAACGAUCAUCUGUUUGAACAUGUCAGGAAACUGUAACUGUAGAGCAUGGAUGUCAUAGAAAUUGAUUACCACUGGCUUACUUACUUACAGUCAGUUGAAUACAUUUAGGGCGUCGCUAGAUGGCGCGGACACGUACAGCGGGUUUUACUUACUGACGCCCGCGUGUGUACACCUGGGCCAGCUAGCGGACGCCCUUAGGCUGCAUUUCCAGCUAAGAACCAAGAGAAUCACUUCAUUUACAUAACCGCGUUCAGCGCAGUUCCAGUGGACGAUUCUACUGGUUCUUAACAAACACAAUAAACACAUCCCUGGUUACGCAUCCUCGCACUUCCGGUAAAAACGCAGCCUUACCGUAGUACAGAUGUACCUAGUGCAUAAUUAUUUCCCAUCGUAUUUUCACGGAAACGUACGAACGUGUCUUGCUAUUUCAGUCAGUCUCGAUACAUAAAGUACUGAGGUCGACUGAAGUAGCAUGACAAAUACGAACGUUUCCAAGUAAAUACGAUGGAAAACAAUAAUGCACUACAUCUGUACUAAUACAUAUCGUCGUGACAAGCAAAAAUCACUAAGUACUAUCAAAAAAUUCAAGUAACAAUGCACUUUAAUACACUUGUAACACGGUUUAUUGUCCAAUAAUUUCAAUAGUGUUAGUGACUUUUGCUUGUUACCCGACCAUAUAGAGGCGUAAUAUAGCGCCGUAAAGCGCCAUCUACUUAGCUGACUUUGCGGUUACAAUAUUGUGCCACUUUACGCGUCUUAUUAUUCUAUAGAAUAGACCAUACCAUAGUCAUAAUGUACUUCAUUUUCUCACUAGGUAGAUAAUAUUUGGGGAAUGAUCCCAAAGUACAAAUAAAUAUGUAUUUUAUUUUUUCAUAAACAGCUGGUCUACCAAAGUACCUGUUUAGUAUUCAUAAAUAUAAAUGAUAUACAUAAUUUAUCACUAAGCUAGUCAUUCAAUAAAUUUUUGUUGCAGAAAAUAAAGAUGUUCAUAUGUUAACAUUA